AUGGAAGAUCACAGCAGCAGCAGCAGCAGCAGCAGUAGCAAUCUGGGGGACAGCACUGGGGCCCUGGCACCCUGGCAACAAAGAAAUGUUUGGAAAGCCGGGCAGCAGGACGCCCUGCUGAACCGCAGAAAUCGCACCAGGGAGGUGCACUGCCGCCGAGGCCCCGAGGGGUCGGCGGGACCAAGCGGGCUAGCGUCCCCUCAGCAGCGACCCAAAGGGCCUGGGGCCCGGGCACGAGGAGGUGGAAGAAGCAGCCCCGACGAGGGACGCACCAGGCGUCGCACUCGACUCAGCCCGGCACAGUUGAGGAUCCUGCUCCAGGUGUUUGAGCGGGACCCGCAGCCGAAAUACGCUGCCAGGGUGAAGCUCGCCCAAGAGACCGGUUUGCCUGAGGACACCAUCUCCAUCUGGUUCCAAAACCGGAGAGCGCGCCACCCUGGCGGUGGCGGGGACAGAGGUCGAGGUCAAGACUCCCGGGCUUCGCCGCCACCGCCGCCGCCUUCCCCUGCGUCCAAUGCGGAGCCUGAAGGACCACCUUGCAGCCCCAGGGAGACGGAGCAGCAUGCCCAAGACGACCUGUUGCCACCGGCUGCUGCACUAGGCUUGGGCGUCCAGACUUGGAGUCCGCCCUCCCCACCGCCCUCCUUCCCAGUGUCCUCGCCUGCAGCGGCACAGCCCUCGGGACAACGCCACGACCACGACCCGGAACCCCACCCCGUCGCGAGAGACACCUACACCGUGGACGAUGUGGAGGUCACGCUGGACCAGCUGCUGUCUCAACUCCAGGCUGACCAGCAGGCCCAGGACACUCUGGAUCCCCACGUCCCGUGGGAGGACAUUAACCCAACCCUUGAGCUCCCUCUGGACCAAGAAGAGUACCGGACCCUCCUGCUGGAUCUGUUGGGAGACACAGCAAGGCUUCGUUGA